AUGUCACAAUUGAUUACUGUUGCUACGUGUAAUUUGAACCAAUGGGCACUUGAUUUUGAAGGCAAUAGAGACAGGAUCUUUGAAUCGAUUAAGAUUGCCAAGGAAAGAGGUGCAAAACUCCGUGUGGGUCCUGAAUUAGAAAUCACAGGUUAUGGCUGUUUAGACCACUUCUUAGAAGAUGAUGUUUUCUUACAUUCGUGGGAAAUGUAUGGCCAAAUCAUCAAACGUCCAGAAACUCAUGGUAUCUUAUUGGACAUCGGUAUGCCUGUAAUGCAUAGGAAUGUCCGUUACAACUGUCGUAUAUUGUCUCUAGACGGUAAGAUUCUUUUCAUAAGACCCAAGAUUUGGCUUGCUAACGAUGGUAAUUACAGAGAGAUGAGAUUUUUCACCCCUUGGAUGAAAGCUGCUCAUACUGAGGAAUAUUUGUUACCUCCCAUGAUCCAAAAGUUGACUGGACAGUACCGCAUUCCGUUUGGUGAUGCUGUAAUUAGUACGUUAGAUACUUGCAUUGGUGCAGAGACAUGCGAGGAACUUUUCACCCCACAAUCACCACAUAUUGCUAUGUCGUUAGAUGGUGUUGAAAUAUUUACAAACUCAUCGGGUUCCCAUCAUGAGUUGAGAAAGUUGGAUAAGAGAUUGGAUUUGAUUAUGAGCGCAACUAGAAGAUGCGGUGGUGUUUAUUUAUAUGCCAACCAACGUGGUUGUGAUGGUGACAGGUUAUACUAUGAUGGUUGUGCAUUGAUUUGUGUUAAUGGUAGUAUUGUGGCACAAGGGUCUCAAUUCUGUUUGAAGGACGUUGAAGUCGUCACUGCUACCGUUGACUUGGAACAAGUGAGAAGCUACCGUAGUACAGUUAUGUCUAGAGGUCUGCAAGCUUCUUUGACUGAAACGAAAUUCAAGAGAAUUGAUGUCGAGGUUGAACUAGCAACUUUGGAUGACAGAUUUGAUUCUACACUUGUUCCAGAGAAACCAAGAAAAGCUUUCUACCACAUUCCAUCUGAAGAGAUUGCAUUAGGUCCUGCCUGUUGGUUAUGGGACUAUCUCAGACGUUGUAAUGGUACCGGUUAUUUCUUACCAUUAUCAGGUGGGAUUGAUUCAUGUGCUACAGCUGUUAUCGUUCACUCUAUGUGUCGCUUGGUGGUUAAAGAGGCUGCCGAAGGUAAUCAACAGGUAAUAAAGGAUGUUCGUAGGUUGGCACGUAUGAAUGAUGAGUGGAUUCCUAAAACCCCUCAAGAAUUAGCCAAUAAAAUCUUUAAUACAUGCUUCAUGGGUACUGAAAACUCUUCUAAAGAGACUAGAUCGAGAGCCAAAAAACUUGCUGAACACAUUGGUGCCUAUCACGUUGAUUUGAACAUGGAUUCGUUGGUUUCAAGUAUGGUGACAUUAUUUGAGGUUACCACAGGGAAAAGACCCAUUUUCAAGAUAUUUGGCGGGUCGCAAACUGAGAAUUUGGCCUUACAAAAUAUUCAAGCUCGUUUAAGAAUGGUCCUCGCUUACUUGUUCGCUCAGUUGUUACCUUGGGUUCGUUCCAUUCCUAACGCAGGGGGACUCUUAGUGUUAGGCAGUGCCAACGUUGAUGAAUGUCUAAGGGGUUAUUUGACCAAGUAUGACUGCUCAUCUGCUGAUAUCAACCCAAUCGGAGGAAUUUCGAAAACAGAUUUGAAGAAAUUCAUCGCGUAUGCAUCGAAAGAGUUCGACUUGCCAAUUCUCGAGGAAUUCUUAAAUGCAACCCCAACUGCGGAAUUGGAACCAAUCACCAAAAACUACGUUCAGUCUGAUGAAAUUGACAUGGGGAUGACCUAUGAAGAACUAUCCGUCUUCGGUUAUCUACGUAAAGUGGAAAAAUGCGGUCCCUUCUCAAUGUACUUGAAGCUCUUGCAUGAAUGGACGCCAAAAUUAACUCCAGCUCAGGUCGCGGAGAAGGUGAAGAAGUUUUUCUUCUUCUAUGCUAUCAAUAGACACAAGCAAACGGUGUUAACCCCAAGUUACCAUGCAGAACAGUAUUCUCCAGAUGACAAUCGUUUUGAUCUAAGACCAUUUUUGAUCAACCCUCGUUUCCCGUGGGCAUUCAAAAAAAUUGACGACGCUGUUGCUCAAAGCGAAGGUACCUUGAGCGGUGCCCUGGACGUAAUGACUGUUGAAUGA